AUGCAUAUCUACAAAAGUAAGGCCAGAAACCUCGCCUGGUACGAUCAAGAUGGCGAACCCACCAUACACAAUCCCUUCAAAAAGUUCCGAAGAAGCCCACGACGGUCGAAUUCAAUCCAACUGGAGAGUCGCCUGACGCAAUAUUCGUCUGCUGGCGCUGUUCGCCCUGAGGAAGAGGUACGACGCAACAGGGAAAUAAGAGAGGGCUUGGAAGGGCCUGCUCAUUCAGAUUCUUUCCCACCCGGCACCGGGACCACCGUCGAAUCAGGAGCGCGCCCUGAAAGCAUGGAAAAGGCGGAGCAGGAGCAGUCGAUGAGCAGCGGCGAGCCGAUCAACGUUUCGACUCGUGGAAACCCAGAUGAUGAAACAGAAGGCAAACCCCGGAAGCGGAGAGGAUUCCUAGGCUUAGGAAAGCCCUCAACCGAAGAGAAUACAGAGGUUUCUGAGAAUGAACCGCGGGAUAAACAAAAGUUCACGCCAGUGGGGCAGUUCAAGGCCACUGUUCUGAACUCCUGGAUUAAUAUCCUUAUUCUCGCCGCUCCGGCUGGAAUUGCGUUGAAUUAUGUCGACGUGGACCCUGUGGCAGUCUUCGUGGUUAACUUUAUCGCCAUCAUCCCACUCGCAGCUAUGCUGAGUUUUGCAACUGAAGAAAUCGCCUUGCGGACGGGAGAGACAAUCGGCGGUCUCCUUAAUGCUAGUUUUGGAAACGCUGUCGAGUUGAUCGUCGCUAUCAUCGCUUUGGUCCAUGAUGAGGUGUUGAUUGUGCAGACGUCUCUUAUCGGCAGUAUGCUGUCUAACCUUCUCUUGGUCUUGGGCAUGUGCUUCUUCUUUGGUGGGCUCAACCGCUUAGAGCAGCACUUCAAUCCAGUUGUUGCACAAACAGCAGCCAGUCUUCUUGCUCUGGCAGUAGGAAGUUUGAUCAUCCCAACAGCUUUCAAUGUCUGGGCCGAUGCGGAUAAAUCAAAGGUUGCUCAGCUUUCACAAGGCACUUCCGUAAUCCUCCUGGUCGUCUACGGAUGCUACCUCUACUUCCAGCUCAGUACGCACGUUGAGAUGUACAACGCGCCGAGUCAAAAAGCCGAGAAGAUACGCCAGAAGGUGUCCGAAGGCGACGCCAGCCGGGGCAUUGCCCAGAUCGGCCAUAUGUCGGCUGCGCUGGCAGGCGCGAACAACCAAAUGUCGGUGCAGGAUCCUGACGACGAGCCGGAAGAGCCCCAGCUUCACAUCUAUGUCGCUAUCCUGACGCUGUGUGUCUCGACUGCUCUCGUCGGCGUGUGUGCUGAAUUCAUGGUUGACUCUAUUGACGCGCUGACAGACCAACGUGGUGGAAUUUCGAAAACAUUUGUUGGGUUGAUCCUGCUUCCGAUUGUCGGUAAUGCCGCCGAGCACGCUACAGCAGUUACGGUCGCAAUCAAGGACAAGAUGGAUUUGUCAAUUGGAGUUGCCGUUGGCUCGAGUAUGCAGAUUGCGAUGCUUGUUCUCCCAUUCAUAGUUGUGCUCGGCUGGAUCAUGGGCAAAACUGACAUGUCCCUUGACUUUGACCCUUUCCAAGUGAUCUUGCUUUUCGUCUCUGUGCUCCUGGUGAAUUAUCUCAUUGCCGACGGAAAGUCGCACUGGCUUGAGGGAGUUCUGUUGAUGAUGAUGUACAUCAUUAUUGCGGUGGCUGCGUGGUUCUAUGGAUGA